AUGUCGCAUUCUAUCGUUAUCAAAGAAGAGCAAGACCUGUCGGGUAAACCCUCCUCCAACCCUGGGGGUGUUUGUCUCUCCUGGAGGGAUGUUUGUUAUUCAAUUAUCGAUCCAAAGACCAAGGACAGAAAAAAUAUAAUUGAAAACGUUUGUGGAUAUGUGAAACCUGGUGAAGUUAUGGCUAGGGCUGGGAAGUCAAGUCUUUUGGAUUUGUUGGCUGGGCACAAAGAUCCGAAGCUGGUUUCUGGUGAAAUCCUUCUUAAUGGUCGGCCGGGUGAAAUCAAAUACGCAUCUACCUAUGUGAUGCAAGAUGACGCUUUGAUGGCAGAAAUCAAACGAUCUGAAAGAGAAGCCCGCGUCAAAGCCAUAAUAGAGGAGUUUGGUCUUGAACGUGUGGCCGAUUCAAAGAUUGGAACUGUCUUCGUCCGUGGUGUGUCUGGUGGUGAGAAGCGCAGAUGUGCCAUCGCCUCACAGUUAAUCACCUUGCCCAGUGUAAUCUUCCUCGACGAACCCACCACUGGCCUAGAUUCAGCAGCCGCGUAUAACGUGAUGAAAUCCAUCAAGGCCAUGGCACAGAAUCACCAGCUUACUGUCAUUGCCAGCAUUCAUCAACCAUCUACCGAAACUUAUUCGUUAUUCGAUAAACUGCUUCUUUUGGGCCGCGGAAAAACACUUUAUUUUGGCGAACGCGAAGGGGCGCUCACAUAUUUUGAAAGUCUCGGUCACGCAUGCCCGCCGUACGCAAAUCCCGCCGAUCAUUUCUUGACACUGAUAAAUUCCGAUUUCAUGAAAGACCGAUCGGAAGCAGAAAAACUUACCAACAGUUUCAUUGAAGCAUUUCAAGGAUCCGAGUUCAAAACUGAAGUUGACAAUGAAAUCAAAAAGCUCAUCGAAGAAUCUCGAAGUGACGAAUCACUUGCAGUCAUCAGUUCGAAAACAACCAAUCGUUAUGCCCGUAAUUUCUUUGCUCAGAGCGGCAUAAUCAUGAUGCGUUCGUUGAAAAAUGCGCUUAGGAAUGUCCUGAUGUUUUGGAUACGCGUGGCCAUGUAUGUCAUGUUGGCCUUCUUGAUGGGUUCUACGUGGUGGCAGGUUGGUUUCGAGCAGAAGAAUGUUCAAGAUCGAUUCUCGGCACAUUUCUUUUCCGUCGCGUUCCUUGCGUUCAUGAGUGUCGCCGGAAUUCCCGGGUUUCUGGAAGAACGUCUGGUGUUCCAACGUGAACGCGCGAACGGAUUUUACUCUGUUGGUCCGUACGUGCUGGCAAACACCUUGGUAGCUUUACCAUUCGUUGUGAUAAUAGCCAUCUCAUUCUCAAUAGUCGCCUAUCCAAUGAUCGGUUUACAUGAUGGAGGGGACCAUGCCACAAAAUUUGUUUUAUUCUUGUUCUUGGCGUUGUAUGUGGCCGAAUCAAUGGUAGUGUUCAUCUCCGCGUGCAUACCGAUAUUCGUCGCAGCGUUAGCAAUUGCGGCAUUUGCCAAUGGCUUCUUCAUGGUGGUCGAAGGUUAUUUCGUUAGGUAUGAUUCAAUACCCCGAGGAUGGAGAUGGGCCAGCUAUAUUGAUUACCAGAAGUAUGCGUUCGAGGCAAUAGUUUACAACGACUUUACAGGGUUGACGUUUAAUUGUGAACAAGUGACCAAACACGGGAAUGGAUCGGGGGUCACGUGCAUGUGCGACUAUGUGAGUCAAUAUGAAUCAAGUUGCCAGUUCACGGGAACAGAUGUUCUAGAUUCUUAUGGAUACACGAACAUCGUGCUUUGGAAGUGGGCGGUAUGUGUGUCUAUUAAUAUGUUCAAACUUCUUCGUUAG